AUGGUUCAAACCUUGAUAAGUAAAGGUGUUGAAGAAAAUAGAAUUAGCAAAAUUGCUCAAAAUAGCACUAUUGAAAAAUCUCUCCAAGCAGUUGAAGAUAAUUUGAGUGUAUUAACUACUAAAUUGAAUAAAAUCAAAACCAAAAUCUUUGGGCUUAAAGAAAAUGAUAAUUUACCAAUUGAUUGGAAAGAACAAAUUUUAAAAAUCCGCACCGACUUAACCACCGCCAAAACCAGCACCGAAACCCGUUUAAACACUUUAGCCCAAACCAAAGUACCGGGGGCUACUGACGCUGAACGCAACGCCGCUUUAAAAACCUGGUUAGGCAACAACGGCACUUAUUUACAAGGAGCCACUACCGCCGAAGAGUUAAGCCAACGCAGCGAAAAGAUUGUGGAAGGCAUUAAAGCCCUCGAAGCCGACUUAACCACCGCGAAAAACACCGAACAAACUAACAUUGAAAACGCCCAAGAUUUAACCAAUACUAACCUAAAACAACGAGUAAGUGAUGCCGAUUUAAAAACUUGGUUAAAUACUCACCCGCAAAAUGCCGGAAUUGCCGCUGGUGACAAUUGA